AUGCCCGGCCCGCCAGAUCUUGCGAGAUUGAGUCGCACGGAAGAGCAAGGCAAAGCAGAAGGCACCGUCAUUUGGUCACGUGCUCGUCUCGAUAACUUCGGGGCGCCGUGGAAUCCGCUUCCAGCAAUCUGCCACUUCGUGAAGCGAGCAACCCUCACCGACACCAUGGCAGGCCCCUCUUCCCACCCAAUCCACGUCCACCCGGCGCGACCACUCUACCGAUUCAUUGCCACCGGCCUGGGCGCCAGCAUGUGGUUCUUCCUCAUGUACCGUGCAAAGAAGGACGGCCCGGCCCUGCUGGGCUGGAAGCACCCGUGGGAUCACUAG